UGAUGAUUCGGAGCCCAGGCAUCACACUGGCUUUUGCCUGGGGUUCUCAGGAGGGGAGAGUUGGGAGAGGCUUUGCUGCUGAGGAAAUUUAUUUGGUAGAUUGAAGGUUUGAACGAGAGCUACAGAAACAAAAGAAGAAGUCUGUAGAAGCCAAUGGUGUUCGGGAAGAAAAUAACCCCAUUGCCUUGAGUUUGUAGGUGCCACUACUACUCUGGAAAAAUGGCAGAUGACGAAGAAUAUGAGGAGGUGGUGGAGUACUACACAGAAGAAGUGGUUUAUGAAGAGGUGCCAGGAGAGACAAUAACAGAAAUUUAUGAGACUACGACAACAAGGACGUCUGACUAUGAGCAAUCAGAAACUUCCAAACCCACUCUGGCGCAGCCAGAACCAGCGAAGCCAGCAGAGAGGAGGAAGGUCAUCCGGAAGAAGGUGGAUCCUUCAAAGUUCAUGACCCCCUACAUUGCACACAGUCAGAAAAUGCAGGAUCUUUUUAGCCCAAACAAAUACAAGAUGAAGUUUGAGAAAACAAAAGGACAGCCAUACGCCAGCACAACAGAUACCCCAGAACUUCGCAGAAUCAAAAAAGUACAAGAUCAACUCAGUGAGGUUAAGUAUCGAAUGGAUGGUGAUGUUGCUAAGACUAUCUGUCAUGUAGAUGAAAAAGCAAAGGAUAUUGAACAUGCAAAGAAAGUGUCGCAGCAAGUCAGUAAGGUUUUAUACAAGCAGAACUGGGAAGACACCAAGGAUAAGUACCUGCUUCCUCCUGAUGCCCCUGAACUUGUCCAGGCUGUUAAGAACACAGCCAUGUUCAGCAAGAAACUGUACACCGAAGACUGGGAAGCAGACAAAAGUUUGUUUUACCCCUACAAUGAUAGCCCGGAACUGAGGAGAGUUGCCCAGGCCCAGAAAGCUCUCAGUGAUGUUGCCUACAAAAAAGGUCUCGCUGAACAGCAAGCUCAAUUCACGCCUCUAGCCGAUCCUCCAGAUAUAGAAUUUGCCAAGAAAGUAACCAAUCAAGUGAGCAAGCAAAAAUACAAACAAGACUAUGAAAAUAAAAUCAAAGGCAAAUGGAGUGAGACACCUUGCUUUGAAGUUGCAAAUGCCAGAAUGAAUGCUGAAAACAUCAGCACAAGGAAAUAUCAGGAAGAUUUUGAAAAUAUGAAAGACCAGAUCUACUUCAUGCAGACUGAAACACCAGAGUAUAAAGUGAAUAAAAAAGCUGGUGUGGCAGCUAGCAAGGUAAAAUACAAAGAAGACUAUGAAAAGAAUAAAGGCAAAGCAGAUUAUAAUGUGCUUCCUGCUUCAGAGAACCCACUGCUUAAGCAGCUGAAGGCGGCAGGAAAUGCCCUAAGUGAUAAACUAUACAAGGAAAACUAUGAAAAGACAAAGGCAAAGAGCAUAAAUUACUGCGAGACCCCCAAAUUUAAGCUCGAUACUGUUCUGCAGAACUUCAGUAGUGAUAACAAAUACAAAGGUUCCUACUUAAAAACUAUUUUGGGACAUUAUGUAGGCAGCUUUGAGGAUCCAUACCAUUCACACUGCAUGAAAGUCGCAGCUGAAAACAGUGAUAAAAACUACAAAGCAGAAUAUGAAGAAGACAGAGGCAAAGGCUUCUUCCCCCAGACCAUAACUCAAGAAUAUGAAGCAAUUAAGAAACUAGAUCAGUGUAAAGAUCACACCUACAAAGUCCAUCCAGAUAAGACAAAAUUCACCCAAGUUACCGACUCUCCUGUUCUGCUGCAAGCCCAAGUCAAUUCCAAACAACUGAGCGAUUUAAAUUACAAAGCAAAACAUGAAAGUGAAAAGUUCAAGUGCCAUAUCCCCCCUGAUACUCCUGCUCUUAUCCAGCACAAAGUCAAUGCCUAUAACCUGAGUGAUAAUCUUUAUAAGCAAGACUGGGAGAAGAGCAAAGCCAAGAAGUUUGACAUUAAAGUGGAUGCCAUUCCCCUACUGGCAGCCAAAGCCAACACCAAGAACGCCAGUGAUGUAAUGUACAAGAAAGACUAUGAAAAAAGCAAAGGAAAAAUGAUUGGAGCCCUCAGCAUUAAUGAUGAUCCCAAGAUACUGCACUCUUUGAAGGUGGCCAAAAACCAGAGUGAUAGAUUAUACAAGGAAAACUAUGAGAAGACAAAGGCGAAGAGUAUGAAUUACUGUGAGACCCCGAAAUAUCAACUUGAUACUCAGCUGAAGAACUUCAGUGAGGCUAAAUAUAAAGACUUAUAUGUGAAGGAUAUUUUGGGACAUUAUGUAGGCAGCUUUGAGGACCCAUAUCACACACACUGCAUGAAAGUUGCAGCUCAAAACAGUGACAAAAGUUACAAAGCAGAGUAUGAAGAAGAUAAAGGAAAAUGCUAUUUCCCUCAGACAAUAACACAAGAAUAUGAAGCAAUCAAGAAGCUGGACCAGUGUAAAGACCAUACCUACAAAGUUCAUCCAGAUAAGACCAAAUUCACGGCAGUCACUGAUACUCCUGUACUGUUGCAAGCCCAGCUCAAUACGAAACAGCUUAGCGAUCUGAAUUACAAAGCAAAACAUGAAGGUGAGAAGUUCAAGUGCCAUGUACCAGCAGAUGCUCCACAGUUUAUCCAACACAGAGUCAAUGCCUACAAUCUGAGUGAUAAUCUUUAUAAGCAAGACUGGGAGAAGAGCAAAGCCAAGAAGUUUGAAAUUAAAGUGGAUGCCAUUCCCCUGCUGGCAGCCAAAGCCAAUACCAAGAAUGCUAGCGAUGUGAUGUAUAAGAAAGACUAUGAAAAAAGCAAAGGGAAAAUGAUUGGGGCCCUCAGCAUUAACGACGAUCCCAAGAUGCUGCACUCCUUGAAGACAGCCAAAAACCAGAGUGAUCAUGAAUAUCGAAAAGAUUAUGAAAAGUCAAAAACCAUCUACACGGCACCUCUGGAUAUGCUCCAAGUCACCCAAGCUAAGAAAUCUCAGGAAAUUGCCAGCGACGUUGAUUAUAAGCACAUCUUACACAGUUACAGCUACCCGCCCGAUAGCAUCAACGUGGACCUCGCCAAGAAGGCGUACGCGCUACAGAGCGAUGUUGAAUACAAAGCUGACUACAACAGCUGGAUGAAAGGUUGUGGCUGGGUGCCUUUUGGGUCCCUAGAAAUGGAAAAGGCAAAGCGAGCUUCAGACAUCCUUAAUGAGAAAAAAUAUCGCCAACAUCCAGACACACUCAAGUUUACCUCGAUUGAAGAUGCUCCAAUUACAGUACAGGCUAAAAUUAACCAGGCCCAGAGGAGUGAUAUCGCUUACAAAGCCAAAGGAGAGGAAAUUCUUCACAAAUACAACCUGCCAGCAGACCUGCCCCAGUUCAUCCAAGCUAAAGUUAAUGCCUACAAUAUCAGUGAGAAUAUGUACAAAGCAGACUUGAAAGACUUGAGCAAGAAGGGAUAUGACCUGAGAACUGAUGCGAUUCCCAUCAGAGCUGCCAAAGCUGCCAGGCAGGCAGCCAGUGAUGUUCAGUACAAAAAAGAUUAUGAAAAAGCUAAAGGGAAAAUGGUUGGCUUCCAAAGUCUUCAAGAUGACCCUAAACUGGUUCAUUAUAUGAAUGUGGCCAAGACACAAUCAGAUCGGGAGUAUAAAAAAGACUAUGAGAAGACAAAGACCAAAUACAGCACGCCCCAUGAUAUGUUCAAUGUCGUGGCGGCUAAGAAAGCUCAGGAUGUGGUCAGCAAUGUCAACUAUAAGCAUUCUCUCCAUCAUUACACCUACUUGCCUGACGCCAUGGACCUGGAGCUGUCUAAGAACAUGAUGCAGAUACAGAGUGAUAACGUCUACAAGGAAGACUACAACAACUGGAUGAAAGGCAUUGGCUGGAUUCCUAUCGGCAGUCUUGACGUCGAAAAGGUUAAAAAGGCCGGUGAUGCUCUGAAUGAAAAGAAGUACAGGCAACAUCCAGACACCCUCAAAUUUACCAGCAUCGUGGACUCCCCAGUUAUGGUCCAGGCAAAACAGAACACAAAGCAAGUCAGUGAUAUCUUAUACAAAGCUAAAGGAGAAGAUGUGAAACAUAAAUACACUAUGAGUCCUGAUCUUCCUCAGUUUCUCCAGGCCAAGUGCAAUGCUUACAAUAUAAGUGACGUCUGUUAUAAACGGGAUUGGCAUGACUUAAUAGCCAAGGGCAACAAUGUGCUGGGUGAUGCUAUUCCCAUCACUGCAGCCAAGGCAUCGAGAAACAUUGCUAGUGAUUAUAAAUACAAGGAAGCUUAUGAGAAGGCAAAGGGAAAGCAUGUGGGUUUCAGAAGCCUCCAGGAUGAUCCCAAGCUCGUCCACUAUAUGAAUGUAGCAAAGUUGCAGUCCGAUCGUGAAUACAAGAAGAACUAUGAGAACACCAAAACCAGCUACCAUACCCCUGGAGACAUGGUUAGCAUCACAGCUGCAAAGAUGGCCCAGGAUGUUGCCACCAAUGUCAACUACAAACAGCCAUUGCAUCAUUACACAUACCUACCAGAUGCCAUGAGUCUUGAGCAUACGAGGAAUGUCAAUCAAAUUCAGAGUGAUAAUGUGUAUAAAGACGAGUAUAACAGCUUCUUCAAGGGCAUCGGAUGGAUCCCUAUUGGUUCCCUGGAGGUUGAGAAGGCCAAGAAAGCAGGCGAUGCAUUAAAUGAGAGGAAGUAUCGACAGCACCCAGAUACCAUCAAGUUCACAAGUGUGCCUGAUUCCAUGGGCAUGGUGUUGGCUCAGCAGAACACAAAGCAGCUAAGUGAUUUGAACUACAAGGUGGAGGGAGAGAAACUGAAGCACAAGUACACUAUUGAUCCUGAAUUGCCUCAGUUUAUUCAAGCCAAGGUCAACGCCCUCAACAUGAGUGACGCUUAUUAUAAAGCAGAUUGGAAGAAAACUCUUGCCAAGGGCUAUGAUUUGAGAACAGAUGCCAUCCCAAUUGUUGCUGCAAAAAGUUCAAGGAAUAUUGCUAGUGAUUGCAAAUAUAAGGAGGCCUAUGAGAAAGCCAAAGGCAAGCAAAUUGGAUUUCUCAGCCUUCAGGAUGAUCCUAAACUGGUUCACUACAUGAAUGUGGCCAAAAUGCAGUCUGAUCGUGAGUACAAAAAGGGCUAUGAAGCCAGCAAGACCAAGUACCACACACCUCUGGAUAUGGUCAGUGUGACAGCUGCAAAGAAAUCUCAGGAGGUUGCCACUAAUACCAACUACAGACAGCCAUACCACAACUACACUCUCCUGCCUGACGCCUUGAAUGUGGAGCACUCCAGGAAUGCCAUGCAGAUUCAGAGUGAUAAUCUGUACAAAUCUGACUUCACCAAUUGGAUGAAAGGGAUUGGCUGGAUCCCCAUAGAGUCCCUGGAGGUGGAGAAGGCAAAGAAAGCAGGAGAGAUUCUUAGUGAGAAGAAGUAUCGCCAGCACCCCGAGAAGCUAAAGUUCACAUACGCCAUGGACACAAUGGAACAGGCACUUAACAAGAGUAACAAACUGAACAUGGACAAGAGGCUCUACACUGAAAAAUGGAACAAGGACAAGACCACCAUUCAUGUCAUGCCAGACACACCAGAUAUUUUACUCUCCAGAGUAAACCAAAUCACCAUGAGUGAUAAACUGUACAAAGCUGGCUGGGAAGAGGAAAAGAAGAAAGGAUAUGAUCUAAGGCCUGAUGCCAUUGCAAUUAAGGCUGCAAGAGCCUCUAGAGACAUUGCCAGUGAUUACAAAUACAAACAAGCCUAUGAACAAGCCAAAGGGAAACACAUUGGCUUCCGGAGCCUGGAAGAUGACCCCAAGCUGGUGCACUUCAUGCAAGUGGCCAAGAUGCAGUCAGACCGGGAAUACAAGAAGGCAUACGAGAAAUCCAAGACCUCCUUCCACACCCCGGUGGACAUGCUCAGUGUGGUAGCAGCCAAGAAGUCUCAGGAAGUAGCCACCAACACCAACUACAGGAACGUGAUCCAUACCUACAACAUGCUUCCUGAUGCCAUGAACUUUGAAUUGGCCAAAAAUAUGAUGCAGAUUCAAAGUGAUAAUCAGUACAAGGCCGACUAUGCUGACUUCAUGAAGGGCAUUGGAUGGCUCCCUCUGGGCUCCCUGGAAGCGGAGAAAAACAAGAAAGCCAUGGAGAUUAUUAGUGAAAAGAAGUACCGCCAGCACCCAGACACUUUGAAGUAUUCCACACUGAUGGACUCAAUGAACAUGGUUUUGGCCCAGAAUAAUGCAAAAAUUAUGAACGAACAUCUCUACAAACAAGCAUGGGAGGCUGAUAAAACCAAAGUACACAUCAUGCCUGAUAUCCCUCAGAUUAUUUUGGCAAAGGCAAAUGCAAUUAAUAUGAGUGAUAAACUCUACAAACUUUCCUUGGAAGAGUCUAAAAAGAAAGGCUAUGAUCUCAGGCCUGAUGCAAUUCCUAUCAAAGCUGCCAAAGCGUCAAGAGAUAUUGCAAGUGAUUAUAAAUACAAAUACAAUUAUGAAAAAGGGAAGGGGAAAAUGGUUGGUUUCCGCAGUCUUGAGGAUGAUCCCAAAUUAGUCCAUUCCAUGCAAGUGGCUAAGAUGCAAUCUGAUCGGGAGUACAAGAAAAACUAUGAGAACACAAAGACCAGCUACCACACGCCUGCUGACAUGCUCAGUGUCACAGCUGCCAAGGAUGCCCAAGCCAACAUCACCAACACUAACUACAAGCACCUGAUUCACCAGUACAUCCUCCUUCCAGAUGCAAUGAACAUUGAGCUGACAAGGAAUAUGAAUCGCAUACAGAGUGAUAAUGAAUAUAAGCAAGACUACAAUGAAUGGUACAAAGGGCUUGGCUGGAGUCCAGCAGGUUCCCUGGAAGUGGAGAAGGCCAAGAAAGCAACUGAAUAUGCCAGUGAUCAGAAAUACCGCCAGCACCCUAGCAACUUCCAGUUUAAGAAACUGACUGAUUCCAUGGACAUGGUGCUUGCCAAGCAGAAUGCACAUACCAUGAACAAGCAUUUAUACACCGUUGAUUGGAAUAAAGAUAAGACCAAGAUUCAUGUGAUGCCUGAUACACCAGAUAUUUUACAAGCCAAGCAGAAUCAAACAAUGUAUAGUCAGAAACUCUAUAAACUUGGAUGGGAAGAAGCUUUGAAGAAAGGCUAUGAUCUCCCAGUUGAUGCGAUUUCUGUACAGCUAGCUAAAGCUUCAAGAGACAUUGCUAGUGAUUUUAAAUACAAACAAGGCUACCGAAAGCAACUUGGCCACCAUAUUGGAUUCCGGAAUCUGCAAGAUGAUCCAAAACUUGUGUUGUCCAUGAAUGUAGCCAAAAUGCAGAGUGAAAGAGAAUACAAGAAGGACUUUGAGAAGUGGAAAACUAAGUUCUCCAGCCCAGUGGACAUGUUGGGAGUGGUACUGGCCAAGAAGUGUCAGGCCUUGGUUAGUGACGUGGACUACAGGAACUACUUACAUCACUGGACGUGCCUGCCUGAUCAGAAUGAUGUUACUCAAGCUAAGAAAGUUUAUGAACUUCAAAGUGAGAAUCUGUAUAAGUCUGACCUUGAGUGGCUGAGAGGCAUAGGAUGGAGUCCCUUGGGUUCUUUAGAGGCAGAAAAGAACAAGCGGGCUUCAGAAAUCAUCAGUGAGAAGAAAUAUCGUCAGCCUCCAGACAAAAAUAAGUUCACCAGCAUUCCUGAUGCCAUGGACAUAGUUCUGGCAAAGACAAAUGCCAAAAAUAGGAGUGAUAGACUUUACAGAGAAGCUUGGGACAAGGACAAGACUCAGAUCCACAUCAUGCCUGAUACACCUGACAUUGUUCUGGCUAAAGCAAACUUAAUCAACACAAGUGAUAAACUCUACCGAAUGGGUUAUGAGGAGCUGAAGAGAAAAGGCUACGAUCUUCCUGUUGAUGCCAUACCAAUCAAAGCAGCAAAAGCCUCCCGGGAAAUUGCCAGUGAAUACAAGUACAAAGAAGGCUUUCGCAAGCAGCUCGGCCACCACAUUGGAGCCCGGAACAUUAAGGAUGAUCCCAAGAUGAUGUGGUCCAUGCACGUGGCCAAGAUCCAGAGUGACAGGGAGUACAAGAAGGACUUUGAGAAGUGGAAAACCAAGUUCAGCAGCCCAGUGGACAUGCUGGGGGUGGUGCUGGCCAAGAAGUGCCAGACCUUAGUCAGCGACGUGGACUACAAGAACUACCUGCACCAGUGGACGUGCCUGCCCGACCAGAGUGAUGUCAUCCACGCUCGGCAGGCCUAUGACCUCCAGAGCGAUAAUUUGUACAAGUCAGACCUUCAGUGGCUAAAGGGCAUCGGCUGGAUGCCUGCUGGUUCUCUUGAGGAUGAGAAAAACAAACGAGCCACCCAGAUUUUGAGUGACCAUGUUUACCGUCAGCACCCAGAUAAAUUCAAGUUUUCCAGCCUUAUGGAUUCCAUACCGAUGGUUUUGGCAAAAAACAAUGCUAUUACCAUGAAUCAUCGCCUCUAUACAGAAGCUUGGGAUAAAGAUAAAACCACCGUCCACAUUAUGCCAGAUACCCCUGAAGUUUUAUUAGCUAAACAAAACAAAGUAAAUUACAGUGAGAAAUUAUAUAAGCUUGGCCUAGAAGAAGCCAAGAGGAAAGGUUAUGAUAUGCGAGUAGAUGCCAUUCCUAUCAAGGCAGCCAAGGCCUCCAGAGAUAUUGCAAGCGAAUUCAAGUACAAAGAGGGCUAUCGUAAGCAGCUCGGCCACCACAUUGGUGCCCGAGCUAUACAUGAUGACCCCAAGAUGAUGUGGUCCAUGCACGUGGCCAAGAUCCAGAGUGACAGGGAGUACAAGAAGGACUUUGAGAAGUGGAAGACCAAGUUCAGCAGCCCAGUGGACAUGCUGGGGGUGGUGCUGGCCAAGAAGUGCCAGACCUUAGUCAGUGAUGUGGACUACAAGAACUACCUGCACCAGUGGACGUGCCUGCCCGAUCAGAGCGAUGUCAUCCACGCCCGGCAGGCCUAUGACCUCCAGAGUGAUAAUAUGUACAAGUCUGAUCUUCAGUGGUUGCGUGGCAUCGGCUGGGUGCCCAUUGGCUCUUUGGAUGUGGAAAAAUGCAAAAGGGCAACAGAAAUUUUGAGUGAUAAAAUCUAUCGCCAGCCUCCAGACAGAUUCAAAUUUACCAGUGUGACUGAUUCUCUGGAACAAGUGUUGGCCAAAAAUAAUGCCAUCACUAUGAACAAGCGUUUGUACACAGAAGCCUGGGACAAAGACAAGACUCAGAUCCACAUAAUGCCAGACACACCAGAAAUUAUGUUGGCGAGAAUGAACAAAAUCAACUACAGUGAGAGUCUGUACAAACUUGCUAAUGAAGAAGCAAAGAAGAAAGGCUAUGACUUGCGGAGCGACGCCAUCCCCAUCGUUGCGGCCAAGGCCUCCAGGGACAUCAUCAGUGACUACAAAUAUAAAGAUGGUUACCGCAAGCAACUCGGCCACCACAUUGGAGCACGUGACAUUAAAGAUGACCCCAAGAUGAUGUGGUCCAUGCACGUGGCCAAGAUCCAGAGUGACAGGGAGUACAAGAAGGACUUUGAGAAGUGGAAGACCAAGUUCAGCAGCCCAGUGGACAUGCUGGGGGUGGUGCUGGCCAAGAAGUGCCAGACCUUAGUCAGUGACGUGGACUACAAGAACUACCUGCACGAGUGGACGUGCCUGCCCGACCAGAAUGAUGUCAUCCACGCUCGGCAGGCCUAUGACCUCCAGAGUGACAAUAUUUACAAGUCAGAUCUCCAGUGGUUGAAAGGCAUUGGCUGGGUCCCCAUUGGGUCUAUGGAUGUGGUCAAGUGCAAGAGAGCUGCAGAAAUACUGAGUGAUAACCUCUACCGCCAGCCUCCGGACAAGCUGAAAUUCACCAGCGUGACUGAUUCUCUGGAGCAGGUGCUGGCCAAGAACAAUGCCCUCAACAUGAACAAGCGUUUAUAUACAGAGGCCUGGGACAAAGACAAGACUCAAAUUCACAUAAUGCCAGAUACACCAGAGAUUAUGUUGGCAAGGCAGAACAAAAUCAACUACAGUGAGAGUCUAUACAAACUUGCCAAUGAAGAAGCAAAAAAGAAAGGCUACGACUUGCGAAGUGACGCCAUCCCCAUCGUGGCUGCCAAGGCCUCCAGGGACAUUAUCAGUGACUACAAAUACAAAGAUGGUUACCGCAAGCAACUCGGCCACCACAUUGGAGCCCGGAACAUUAAAGAUGACCCCAAGAUGAUGUGGUCCAUGCACGUGGCCAAGAUCCAGAGUGACAGGGAGUACAAGAAGGACUUUGAGAAGUGGAAAACCAAGUUCAGCAGCCCAGUGGACAUGCUGGGGGUGGUGCUGGCCAAGAAGUGCCAGACCUUAGUCAGCGACGUGGACUACAAGAACUUCCUGCACGAGUGGACGUGCCUGCCCGACCAGAAUGAUGUCAUCCACGCCCGGCAGGCCUAUGACCUCCAGAGCGAUAACAUUUACAAAUCUGAUCUCCAGUGGCUGAAAGGCAUUGGCUGGGUCCCCAUUGGGUCUGUGGAUGUAGUCAAGUGCAAGAGAGCUGCAGAAAUACUCAGUGAUCACAUCUACCGCCAGCCUCCGGACAAGCUGAAAUUUACCAGCAUCACUGAUUCUCUAGAGCAGGUGUUGGCCAAGAACAAUGCUCUCAACAUGAACAAGCGCUUAUACACAGAAGCCUGGGACAAAGACAAGACCCAAGUCCAUAUUAUGCCUGAUACACCUGAAAUCAUGUUGGCAAGACAAAAUAAAAUAAAUUAUAGUGAGAACCUCUAUCGUCAGGCCAUGGAAGAAGCCAAGAAAGAAGGCUAUGACUUGAGAAGUGAUGCCAUUCCCAUUGUGGCUGCCAAGGCCUCUCGGGAUAUUGCCAGUGAUUACAAAUACAAAGAAGCAUAUCGUAAACAGUUGGGUCACCACAUUGGCGCCCGAGCAGUACAUGAUGACCCCAAGAUAAUGUGGUCCCUUCACAUUGCCAAAGUGCAGAGUGACCGUGAGUACAAGAAAGAAUUUGAGAAAUACAAGACAAGGUACAGCAGCCCAGUGGACAUGCUUGGUAUCGUUUUGGCCAAGAAAUGUCAGACCUUGGUCAGCGAUGUGGACUAUAAACAUCCUCUUCAUGAAUGGAUCUGCCUGCCUGACCAGAAUGACAUCAUUCAUGCACGGAAAGCUUAUGACCUCCAGAGUGAUAAUUUGUAUAAGUCAGACCUUGAAUGGAUGAAAGGCAUUGGCUGGGUUCCGAUUGGUUCCUUAGAAGUUGUUAGGGCCAAGAGAGCUGCAGAAAUACUUAGUGAUAAUAUCUACCGUCAGCAUCCAGACACAAUGAAAUUUACCAGUAUAACGGACACUCCGGAGCAGGUGCUGGCAAAAAACAAUGCUAUAAACAUGAAUAAGCGCUUAUAUACUGAAGCCUGGGACAAUGACAAGAAAACUAUUCAUGUCAUGCCUGAUACACCAGAAAUCAUGUUAGCCAAACUCAACCGAAUAAACUACAGUGAUAAACUCUAUAAACUUGCUUUGGAAGAGUCCAGAAAGGAAGGCUAUGACUUGCGUCUGGAUGCCAUUCCAAUCCAAGCAGCCAAGGCUUCAAGAGAUAUUGCUAGCGAUUACAAGUACAAGGAAGGCUACCGCAAACAGCUCGGCCACCACAUUGGAGCCCGGAACAUUAAGGAUGACCCCAAGAUGAUGUGGUCCAUCCAUGCGGCCAAGAUCCAGAGUGACAGGGAGUACAAGAAAGACUUUGAGAAGUGGAAGACUAAGUUCAGCAGCCCAGUGGACAUGCUGGGGGUGGUGCUGGCCAAGAAGUGCCAGAUCCUUGUAAGCGACAUAGACUACAAGCACCCCCUGCAUGAAUGGACCUGCCUGCCUGAUCAGAACGAUGUCAUUCAAGCUCGGAAGGCCUAUGACCUGCAGAGUGAUGCUAUUUACAAAUCUGAUCUUGAGUGGCUGAGAGGCAUCGGAUGGGUUCCCAUUGGCUCUGUAGAGGUCGAGAACGUGAAGAGGGCUGGAGAAAUUCUGAGUGAAAGGAAGUACCGCCAGCCUGCAGACCAGCUCAAAUUCACAUGCAUUACAGACACUCCGGAAAUUGUCCUCGCAAAGAAUAAUGCCCUGACCAUGAGCAAGCAUUUAUACACAGAAGCUUGGGAUGCUGACAAAGCCUCCAUCCAUGUGAUGCCAGACACCCCAGAAAUCCUGCUGGCCAAGAGCAAUUCUGCCAAUAUCAGCCAAAAACUUUACACCAAGGGAUGGGAUGAAUCAAAGAUGAAGGACUAUGAUCUGAGAGCGGAUGCUAUUUCCAUCAAAAGUGCCAAGGCCUCCAGGGACAUUGCCAGUGACUACAAAUACAAGGAAGCCUAUGAGAAACAGAAAGGCCACCACAUUGGAGCCCAGUGCAUUGAAGAUGAUCCCAAGAUUAUGUGUGCCAUACAUGCAGGAAAAAUUCAAAGUGAAAGGGAGUACAAGAAGGAAUUCCAGAAGUGGAAGACCAAGUUCUCUAGCCCCGUGGACAUGCUGGGCAUCUUGCUGGCCAAGAAAUGUCAGACGCUGGUCAGUGACAUUGAUUACCGCAAUUACCUGCAUUACUGGACAUGCAUGCCUGAUCAAAACGACAUUAUCCAAGCAAAGAAAGCCUAUGACCUGCAGAGUGAUAAUGUAUAUAAGGCAGACCUGGAGUGGUUGCGUGGCAUCGGUUGGAUGCCAGAAGGCUCAGUGGAAAUGAACAGAGUGAAGGUUGCUCAAGACCUCCUGAAUGAAAGACUCUAUAGGACACGUCCAGAAGCUUUGUCAUUCACCAGCAUUGUCGACACUCCAGAAGUUGUCCUGGCAAAAGCCAAUUCUCUGCAAAUAAGUGAGAAACUGUAUCAAGAAGCCUGGAAUAAAGAUAAAGCCAACAUCAGCAUUCCUUCUGAUACUCCGGUGAUGCUGCAGGCCCAAAUCAAUGCCUUGCAAAUCAGCAAUAAACUCUACCAAAAAGACUGGAACGAGGCCAAGCAGAAAGGCUACGACAUAAGGGCAGAUGCCAUUGAAAUCAAGCACGCCAAAGCCUCCAGAGAAAUUGCCAGUGAGUACAAAUACAAAGAAGGUUAUCGUAAGCAACUGGGCCACCACGUGGGUUUCCGCACCCUACAAGAUGACCCCAAGUUGGUGUGGUCUAUACAUGCUGCCAAGAUCCAGAGUGACAGAGAAUAUAAGAAAGCUUAUGAGAAGUCUAAAGGAAUUCACAACACACCGUUGGACAUGAUGUCAAUUGUUCAAGCCAAGAAAUGCCAGGUCCUAGUUAGCGACAUUGAUUAUCGCAAUUAUCUGCACCAGUGGACAUGUCUGCCAGAUCAGAAUGAUGUGAUCCAGGCCAGGAAAGCCUAUGACCUGCAGAGCGAUAACUUGUACAAAUCAGACCUGGAAUGGAUGAAGGGUAUCGGAUGGUUGCCAGAGGGUUCUGUGGAAGUGAUGAGAGUGAAGAAUGCCCAGAAUCUCUUGAAUGAAAGGCUGUAUCGUAUAAAGCCGGAGGCCCUCAAAUUCACCAGCAUUGUUGACACCCCGGAAGUAAUCCAGGCAAAGAUCAAUGCUGUCCAGAUUAGUGAGCCAUUGUAUCGCGAUGCCUGGGAGAAAGAGAAGGCGAAUGUGAAUGUACCAGCUGACACGCCCCUGAUGCUGCAAUCCAAAAUCAAUGCUCUGCAGAUCAGCAAUAAACUUUACCGUGAGGGCUGGGAUGAAGUGAAGGCAGGCUGUGAUGUCCGGCUGGAUGCCAUCCCCAUCCAGGCUGCCAAGGCCUCCAGGGAGAUUGCCAGUGACUAUAAAUAUAAGCUUGACCAUGAGAAGCAGAAGGGACACUACGUGGGCACCCUCACAGCCAGGGAUGACAACAAGAUCCGCUGGGCCCUCAUAGCUGACAAGCUCCAGAAUGAACGAGAGUACCGGCUGGACUGGGCCAAAUGGAAGGCCAAGAUCCAAAGCCCCGCAGACAUGCUUUCCAUCCUGCACUCGAAAAAUUCCCAGGCUCUGGUCAGUGAUGUGGAUUACCGCAAUUACCUGCACCAGUGGACCUGCAUGCCCGACCAGAAUGAUGUGAUUCAGGCCAAGAAGGCCUACGAGCUGCAGAGCGACAAUGUUUACAAGGCUGACUUGGAGUGGUUGCGUGGAAUUGGGUGGAUGCCAAACGACUCUGUGUCCGUCAAUCACGCCAAACAUGCUGCAGACAUCUUCAGUGAGAAAAAAUAUCGUACCAAAAUAGAAACUCUCAACUUUACUCCUGUGGAUGACAGAGUUGAUUAUGUGACAGCAAAACAAAGUGGCGAGAUCCUCGAUGAUAUUAAAUACCGAAAAGACUGGAACGCCACCAAAUCAAAGUACACUCUCACAGAAACCCCCCUGCUGCACACGGCCCAGGAGGCUGCUAGGAUACUGGAUCAGCAUCUCUACAAGGAAGGCUGGGAGAGACAGAAAGCCACAGGUUACAUUUUGCCUCCAGAUGCUGUGCCAUUCGUUCAUGCCCAUCACUCUGGUGACGUUCAGAGUGAGCUGAAAUACAAAGCUGAGCACGUGAAGCAAAAAGGUCAUUAUGUUGGCGUCCCGACAAUGAGAGAUGAUCCUAAGCUGGUUUGGUUUGAGCAUGCAGGCCAGAUUCAGAAUGAGAGACUAUACAAAGAGGACUAUCACAAAACAAAGGCCAAAAUCAAUAUACCUGCUGACAUGGUGUCAGUCUUGGCUGCCAAGGAGGGGCAGAGCCUUGUCAGUGAUAUUGAUUACCGUAAUUACUUGCACCAAUGGACGUGUCAUCCUGACCAGAACGAUGUUAUUCAGGCAAGAAAGGCCUAUGACCUACAGAGCGAUAAUGUCUACAAAGCUGACCUGGAGUGGCUCCGAGGCAUUGGCUGGAUUCCCCUGGAUUCUGUGGACCAUGUGAGGGUUACUAAGAACCAGGAAAUGGUCAAUCAGAUAAAAUAUAAGAAAAAUGCCCUUGACAACUAUCCUAACUUUACAAGUGUGGUGGAUCCUCCAGAGAUUGUUUUAGCCAAGAUUAAUUCUGUCAAUCAAAGUGAUGUAAAAUACAAAGAAACAUUUAACAAAGCGAAGGGCAAGUAUACGUUUUCACCAGACACACCACAUAUCUCCCACUCCAAAGACAUGGGAAAACUCUACAGUACUAUCCUGUAUAAAGGGGCGUGGGAGGGCACCAAGGCCUAUGGCUACACCCUGGACGAGCGCUACAUUCCCAUCGUUGGAGCCAAGCAUGCCGAUCUGGUGAACAGUGAGCUUAAAUACAAAGAGACAUAUGAGAAGCAGAAAGGUCACUACCUGGCUGGAAAAGUGAUCGGUGAAUUCCCUGGUGUGGUUCACUGUCUGGAUUUCCAAAAGAUGAGGAGUGUGUUGAACUACAGAAAACAUUAUGAGGAUACGAAAGCAAAUGUUCAUAUCCCCAACGAUAUGAUGAAUCAUGUGCUGGCUAAAAAGUGCCAAUACAUCCUCAGUGACCUGGAGUAUCGACACUAUUUCCACCAGUGGACAUCUCUUCCAGAAGAACCUAAUGUUAUACGCGUCCGAAACGCCCAGGAGAUCUUGAGUGAUAAUGUAUAUAAAGAUGACCUGAAUUGGUUGAAAGGCAUUGGUUGCUACGUUUGGGAUACACCCCAAAUCCUCCAUGCCAAGAAAGCAUAUGACCUUCAGAGUCAGCUACAAUAUACAGCGGCAGGUAAAGAAAAUCUACAAAACUAUAAUCUGGUCACAGACACGCCCCUCUAUGUGACUGCUGUUCAGAGUGGCAUUAAUGCCAGUGAGGUGAAAUAUAAAGAAAAUUAUCAUCAGAUUAAGGACAAAUACACAACAGUUCUGGAGACAGUGGAUUCUGACAGAACCAGAAACCUGAAGAAUCUGUACAGCAGUAACCUGUAUAAGGAGGCCUGGGAUAGAGUGAAAGCCACCAGCUACAUCCUACCCACCAGCACCUUGUCCCUGACACACGCCAAGAACCAGAAGCAUCUGGCCAGCCGUCCUGACCUCUCAUGUAUGGCCAUGCUGCCUUGGCACAAUUUCCUGUAUAACUGGCAUGUGAUUUUAACUUCACAGCGCCUGUACAGAUCAGUUUAUGAAAAGAACAAGAUGAAAAUCCACAUCGUCCCCGACAUGGUAGAGAUGGUUACCGCCAAGGAUUCUCAGAAGAAAGUCAGUGAGAUUGAUUACCGCCUGCAUCUCCACGAAUGGAUUUGCCACCCCGACUUACAAGUCAAUGAUCAUGUCAGGAAAGUCACAGAUCAGAUCAGCGACAUUGUGUACAAGGAUGACCUCAACUGGCUGAAAGGCAUUGGUUGCUAUGUCUGGGACACUCCUGAAAUCCUCCAUGCCAAGCAUGCUUAUGAUCUACGUGAUGAUAUCAAGUAUAAAGCUCACAUGUUGAAAACAAGGAAUGACUACAAGCUUGUCACAGAUACACCAGUCUACGUGCAGGCUGUCAAAAGUGGGAAACAGCUAAGUGACGCUGUCUACCACUAUGACUAUGUGCACAGUGUCAGAGGCAAAGUGGCUCCAACUACCAAAACUGUGGAUCUGGACCGGGCCCUCCAUGCGUACAAGCUGCAGAGUGCGAAUCUAUACAAAACCAGCCUGCGCACCCUGCCCACUGGAUAUAGACUUCCAGGUGAUACUCCUCACUUCAAACACAUCAAGGAUACCCGUUACAUGAGCAGUUAUUUCAAGUACAAAGAAGCCUAUGAACACACCAAGGCAUAUGGGUAUACACUCGGUCCCAAAGAUGUUCCAUUUGUCCACGUCCGGAGAGUCAACAAUGUUACCAGCGAGAGACUGUAUCGAGAAUUGUACCACAAACUGAAAGACAAGAUCCAUACAACUCCCGAUACCCCUGAGAUCCGCCAAGUCAAGAAGACACAAGAGGCUGUCAGUGAGUUGAUCUACAAAUCAGACUUCUUCAGGAUGCAGGGCCACAUGAUCUCUCUGCCAUACACACCCCAAGUGAUCCACUGCCGCUAUGUGGGAGACAUCACCAGUGAUAUUAAAUACAAAGAGGACUUGCAGGUCCUGAAGGGACUUGGCUGCUUCCUGUAUGACACUCCUGACAUGGUCCGCUCCCGGCACCUGCGGAAGCUCUGGUCUAAUUACUUGUACACUGAUAAGGCAAGGAAGAUGCGAGACAAAUACAAAGUGGUGCUUGACACUCCAGAAUACAGAAAAGUGCAAGAACUGAAGACACAUCUGAGUGAGCUGGUCUACAGAGCUGCAGGCAAGAAGCAGAAGUCAAUCUUUACUUCAGUUCCUGAUACUCCUGAUCUUUUAAGAGCCAAGCGAGGACAGAAGCUUCAGAGUCAGUAUCUGUAUGUUGAACUUGCCACCAAAGAGAGACCCCACCAUCACGCUGGAAACCAGACCACAGCCUUGAAGCACGCUAAAGAUGUGAAGGACAUGGUCAGCGAGAAAAAAUACAAGAUUCAAUAUGAAAAGAUGAAGGACAAGUACACUCCGGUUCCAGAUACGCCAAUCCUCAUCAGAGCCAAGAGGGCUUACUGGAAUGCCAGUGACCUACGCUACAAAGAAACAUUUCAAAAGACCAAAGGGAAAUACCACACGGUGAAAGAUGCCCUGGACAUUGUCUAUCAUCGCAAAGUCACUGAUGACAUCAGUAAAAUAAAAUACAAGGAGAACUACAUGAGCCAGUUGGGUAUCUGGAGGUCCAUUCCUGAUCGUCCGGAGCAUUUCCACCACCGAGCAGUCACUGAUGCAGUCAGUGAUGUAAAAUAUAAAGAAGACUUGACUUGGCUUAAAGGCAUUGGUUGCUAUGCCUAUGAUACCCCUGAUUUCACUCUGGCUGAAAAGAACAAGACUCUAUACAGCAAGUAUAAGUACAAAGAAGUAUUUGAAAGGACAAAGUCAGAUUUCAAGUAUGUUGCAGACUGUCCGAUCAACAGGCAUUUCAAGUAUGCAACUCAACUGAUGAAUGAGAAAAAAUACAGAGCUGAUUAUGAGCAGCGGAAAGAUAAAUACCACCUGGUAGUCGAUGAGCCUAGACAUCUGCUGGCUAAGACCGCAGGCGACCAGAUCAGUCAGAUCAAAUAUAGGAAAAACUAUGAAAAAUCAAAGGACAAAUUUACCUCAGUUGUGGACACUCCAGAACACCUGCGUACUACAAAAGUCAACAAACAAAUCAGCGAUAUCCUUUAUAAAUUGGAAUACAACAAGGCCAAACCCAGAGGCUACACCACAAUCCACGACACACCCAUGUUGCUGCAUGUCCGCAAGGUUAAAGAUGAAGUCAGUGAUCUGAAAUACAAGGAAGUAUACCAAAGAAAUAAAUCCAACUGCACCAUUGAGCCAGAUGCUGUUCAUAUCAAAGCAGCCAAGGACGCCUACAAAGUCAACACCAACCUGGACUAUAAGAAACAGUAUGAAGCCAACAAAGCCCACUGGAGGUGGACCCCUGACCGACCAGACUUCCUCCAGGCUGCCAAGUCAUCCCUGCAGCAAAGUGAUUUUGAAUAUAAGCUGGACCGGGAGUUCCUCAAGGGUUGCAAGCUUUCUGUCACUGAUGACAAAAACACAGUGCUGGCCCUCAGGAAUACUUUAAUAGAAAGUGAUCUGAAAUACAAAGAAAAACAUGUCAAGGAAAGAGGAACUUGCCAGGCUGUACCUGACACGCCUCAAAUCCUGCUGGCGAAGACUGUCAGCAACCUGGUGUCCGAGAACAAGUACAAGGACCAUGUCAAGAAGCACUUGGCCCAGGGGUCAUACACAACACUACCAGAGACCCGGGACACUGUUCACGUCAAGGAAGUGACCAAGCAUGUCAGUGAUACAAAUUACAAAAAGAAGUUUGUCAAGGAGAAAGGAAAAUCCAACUACUCCAUCAUGCUGGAGCCACCAGAGGUGAAACAUGCUAUGGAAGUGGCCAAGAAGCAAAGUAAUGUUGCUUACAGAAAAGAUGCCAAAGAGAACCUGCAUUACACCACAGUGGCCGAUCGACCAGACAUCAAGAAGGCCACACAGGCAGCCAAACAAGCCAGUGAGGUGGAGUACAGAGCCAAGCACCGCAAGGAAGGCAGCCAUGGCUUAAGCAUGCUCGGUCGCCCAGACAUAGAAAUGGCCAAGAAGGCAGCCAAGCUGAGUAGCCAGGUUAAAUACCGAGAAAAUUUUGACAAAGAAAAGGGCAAGACACCAAAAUACAAUCCAAAGGACAGCCAGCUCUACAAAGUCAUGAAAGAUGCUAAUAAUCUUGCAAGUGAGGUUAAAUAUAAGGCUGACCUGAAGAAACUUCACAAACCUGUGACUGACAUGAAGGAGUCUCUGAUCAUGAAUCAUGUCCUGAAUACAAGCCAACUUGCCAGUUCUUACCAGUACAAGAAGAAGUAUGAGAAGAGUAAAGGCCACUACCACACAAUACCUGAUAAUCUGGAGCAGCUUCACCUAAAAGAGGCCACAGAAUUACAGAGUAUAGUGAAAUACAAAGAAAAGUAUGAAAAAGAACGAGGAAAGCCCAUGCUGGACUUUGAAACACCAACGUACAUCACUGCCAAAGAGUCUCAGCAGAUGCAGAGUGGGAAAGAAUAUAGGAAAGAUUAUGAAGAGUCCAUUAAAGGCAGAAACCUGACUGGCCUGGAGGUCACACCAGCUUUGUUACAUGUCAAAUAUGCAACCAAAAUAGCAAGCGAGAAAGAGUACAGGAAAGAUCUAGAGGAAAGCAUCCGUGGGAAGGGCCUCACUGAAAUGGAAGAUACACCUGACAUGCUAAGAGCAAAGAAUGCCACUCAGAUCCUCAAUGAGAAAGAAUAUAAGCGAGACCUGGAACUGGAAGUCAAAGGAAGAGGCCUGAAUGCCAUGGCCAAUGAAACUCCAGAUUUUAUGAGGGCUAGGAAUGCUACUGAUAUUGCCAGUCAGAUUAAGUACAAGCAAUCAGCAGAAAUGGAGAAAGCCAAUUUCACUUCUGUGGUUGAUACUCCAGAGAUCAUUCACGCCCAACAAGUCAAGAAUCUUUCAAGCCAGAAAAAGUACAAGGAAGAUGCUGAGAAGUCCAUGUCAUAUUAUGAGACCGUUUUGGAUACCCCAGAGAUGCAGAGAGUCCGGGAGAACCAAAAGAACUUCAGCCUUCUCCAAUACCAGUGUGACCUUAAAAACAGUAAAGGAAAAAUUACAGUUGUUCAAGACACGCCAGAAAUACUGCGUGUAAAAGAAAAUCAAAAGAAUUUCAGCUCGGUUUUAUAUAAAGAGGAUGUCUCACCAGGAACGGCAAUUGGAAAGACACCUGAGAUGAUGAGAGUGAAACAAACACAGGACCAUAUUAGCUCGGUGAAGUAUAAGGAAACAAUAGGACAAGGAACUCCAAUCCCUGACCUGCCUGAAGUGAAACGUGUGAAGGAGACGCAGAAGCACAUUAGCUCGGUUAUGUACAAAGAAAACUUGGGAACAGGCAUUCCAACCACUGUGACUCCAGAGAUUGAGAGAGUCAGACGCAAUCAAGAGAACUUUAGCUCGGUUUUGUACAAAGAAAAUUUGGGGAAAGGAAUCCCAACACCUAUCACUCCAGAGAUGGAGAGAGUCAAACGCAAUCAAGAGAACUUUAGCUCGGUGUUAUACAAAGAAAACAUGGGCAAGGGAACCCCUUUACCUGUCACUCCUGAGAUGGAGAGAGUCAAACACAAUCAAGAAAAUAUUAGCUCGGUUUUGUACAAAGAAAAUGUGGGGAAAGCCACCCCAACCCCUGUCACUCCUGAGAUGCAGAGAGUCAAACGCAAUCAAGAAAAUAUUAGCUCGGUGUUUUACAAAGAGAACCUGGGGAAAGCAACCCCCACACCCUUUACUCCUGAGAUGGAAAGAGUGAAACGCAAUCAAGAAAACUUUAGCUCGGUAUUGUACAAAGAGAACAUGAGAAAAGCAACUCCGACACCUGUUACUCCAGAGAUGGAGAGAGCUAAGCGCAACCAAGAAAACAUUAGCUCGGUUCUUUAUUCUGAUAGCUUCCGGAAACAAAUACAAGGCAAAGCUGCCUAUGUGUUGGAUACCCCCGAGAUGAGGCGGGUGAGGGAGACCCAACGGCACAUUUCAACGGUGAAAUAUCAUGAAGACUUUGAGAAACACAAGGGUUCCUUCACACCGGUGGUGACAGAUCCUAUCACUGAACGAGUAAAGAAGAACAUGCAGGACUUCAGUGACAUUAACUACCGCGGUAUUCAGAGGAAAGUGGUAGAAAUGGAACAAAAACGGAAUGACCAAGAUCAGGAGACUAUUACAGGUCUACGUGUCUGGCGUACUAAUCCUGGUUCAGUUUUUGACUAUGAUCCAGCAGAAGACAACAUCCAGUCCCGAAGCUUACACAUGAUUAAUGUCCAAGCUCAACGCCGAGGCCGGGAGCAGUCACGAUCUGCCAGUGCACUGAGCAUCAGUGGAGGUGAGGAGAAGUCUGAACAUUCAGAAGCGCCAGACCACCACCUUUCGACUUACAGUGACGGGGGUGUCUUCACAGCCUCAACAGCUUACAAGCAUGCAAAAACCACAGUGCUCCCACAACAACGAUCAUCUUCAGCUGCUACCCAACAGACAACGGUAUCUUCCAUCCCAUCUCAUCCAUCUACUGCUGGAAAAAUCUUUCGUGCCAUGUAUGACUACAUGGCUGCUGAUGCAGAUGAGGUGUCCUUCAAAGAUGGAGAUGCUAUCAUAAAUGUUCAAGCUAUUGAUGAAGGUUGGAUGUAUGGCACUGUGCAGAGGACUGGCAGGACCGGAAUGCUCCCAGCCAACUACGUUGAAGCUAUUUAGACAUUUCAAAGCAUCACACUUGUCUGCAGGACCUAUGCAGUGAAUGUUUCAGUUUAGACUCUCCACUGUUACCUAAGUUCUCAAGCUGCCUAUGGUUUUUCUGUGUCAAUGUGAUUUACAGUAGUAUCAUCCUUUUUCCUUUGGGUUUGAAAAUAAGUUGCAGAAUAGACAUUUUAAAAGCUUCUGCAAUAUUAUUUCUGUGCCCAGAAUCUUUCUCCAUUAUAAACAUGUUUUAACAUUAUUUCUUUUCUAAAACAGAUUUUUGAAUAUGCCAAACACAUUAAAGGAAAAAUAGCAGAGACAGUCACUUUUUCCUUGCCUACUGAUUGCUAAUGCUUAUUCUAAUUCAGUUCUGAAAUUAUAAAACUUAUAGUCAAUACAAACCAGCAACUAAUAAAACCUCUAAAUAUGCAACA